ACUUUACACUUUAGUGAAGUGAAGUUAAACAAGUUGUCAGUAAAGAGAAUUAUCAAAGUAAUGUAACGGCGGUUAACAGGUGGGAGGGUGCAACGACCCACAACUGGAAACGGCUGCAACUGUGUAGCUGUGCUAAUUACUAACCGAGACAUUCCGGUGUAGGAUUUUUUUGAGGGUUGAAAAGUAGGUCUUCUGUAAGUAGAGCGUCUAUGGCUUCGGGUGUCCUUUCGCUGAGCGCAGGUUCAGGAUUUGUGGCGAUGUCUGAGGAACCCGUAUUUACUCAGCUCAGACCCAUGCUCAGAGAUAUGGGGGGCAGUGGUGUUGGGGACUCGCUGCUUUUCGGGUCAUUUAGUAAGAACCCAACUGUUCGUACAGUCCUGGGGGAUGAGCUGGCUGAGACAAGGACUGAGAUGGAGAAGUACUUGACACCACAGUCUGUUCCUCCCCCACCACCUCAAGUAUGCAGUAUCCAGGAGAAGAAGUUCAGAAGAGACGGAAGAGACGGCACUUCUGUGAUUGACCAGUAUUUCAUCAACAAUGAAGGAAGUUCCCACUACAGCAUCAACAUGAACGUUUUCCUGCCAGACACCACACAUCUGAGGACUGGCAAUUACAAGUUGCAGAGACUGCCAGUGACUCAGAUAAAGACUGAACCAGAUAUUGACUUCACCCAGCAAAGUCUAACUAGUAACAGUCAGGCACUGCCAGAGUUUACUAGUGUUUUUAGUUCACCUUCACCAACUGACCUAAAUGACAUUUACAUUAAGCAAGAGCUUCCUUCACCAGAAAUUCAGCUUGCUGAUGAUGCUCAACAGGGUAAUCUGUACCAGUAUUUGAGUUCUCCAGAGCUAGAUAUGCCUAUUUCUACAACUUGUCCAUCGGCCAUUGGUUCUUUGAACAGUGUGUCUAUGUCUGCAGCUAUGGCAAACCUCAGUAAUCUUUCAUCUGGUCAGCAGAACACAAUGAAACCAUUCCACAACAUGCAUUCUUGUCCUUAUGCAAUGUCUACUCACUUUGUUCAACAACAUGCUACUUAUUUCCCACCUUCUCCUCCCAGCUCUGAGCCAGGCAGUCCAGAUAGGCAAGCAGAAUUGUUGCAGAACUUAAAACCGCCACCCUCGUAUGCUGAUAGUAUUGCAUCUAAGUUGGUAUGUCAGAAUCUAUCCACUGCUAUGUCUGGAAUUUCACAGAAUGUUCCCACAAUGCGAUAUAACCGUAGGAACAAUCCAGACCUUGAGAAAAGGCGCAUUCAUUAUUGCGAUUAUCCUGGUUGUACAAAGGUCUAUACUAAAUCUUCACAUUUAAAAGCUCAUCUUAGAACUCACACAGGUGAGAAGCCAUAUAAAUGCACAUGGGAAGGCUGUGAUUGGCGAUUUGCUCGCUCUGAUGAGUUGACUCGUCACUACAGAAAACACACUGGAGCAAAGCCCUUUCAGUGUGCUGUAUGUAGCCGUAGUUUCUCUCGGUCUGACCAUCUAGCUCUGCAUAUGAAGAGACAUCAGAAUUAAGUUGAACUUCCCUGAAUCUUAAUUUCUAUGGAAUUUACACUGCCAUUACAGGCAUUUGCUGCAUAGUUGGGGUAGCUUUGUCGUAUUUUGGCGAAUUCCCUAACCAUCUAAGAAGAAACCUGGAAGUUGUACACUUGUAACUUGGGAGGAAACGGGGAUGAUAUUGUAUUCAGUAUAUAAAAAUAUGCAAAAAUGUGUUUAACUCAAUUAUUUGGGAAGGUAAUCAUGUUUGCAGCUUCUGCGUAAUUUGCUAUACUUAGCAGUUUUCACCUUUGUUUAGUGCACUCUGUAAUUGGUUAUAUCUUUGCAAAUGACUGCAUUGAGCAUUCUGUGAUAUUUUGACCAAAACAUUGCUCACUGUAGCAGUGUUUAGUAAAUUAAAAGGAGGGGUAGAAAGUAGGCACACUAAAGACAAAGAUUAACCACCUGGCUAAACAGGUGGAAGAAAUGCAUGAAACAUAUGCUUUAAAUGUUUUGCUAAUUUUGUUUAAAAGCCGCUUUUACUUUUAAUGCAGUAUUCCUGCCAGAUGCAGGUGAACCUGCUUUGAGUAAUUAAGUACUCUGCUCUGGUUUUGAAAACGGCUUUGGUAGCACAAUGUCCUCUAAUUUUGCAACAUUUAUUGGCUUGUUAAGGACAGGGCUUGCAGUUGCACUGCUUUUUGUAUUGGUUAGUUGUAAUCUUAUUUUGGCUGUGCAACUCACAAGAGCUGUGGUUGCUUUAACUGAUGUUCAGUGAUGUACCAAGUGGCUAGGAAUUAGUCCCAUGGAAGAGAGAGAGACUCAUUUCCAGUUUACAGAAUAAACAGGAAUUUUGCUAAAUGCAGAUGCACUUAAUUUGUACAGCUUUUUUUGCCCACUAUAAAUUCAACAACUUUGUAUGGGCAUUUUUAUUUGAUUAUUGUGGUUAGGGUGUAUUUGAGUACACGAUUUUUCAGUGGCAGGAGUGAGUAUUUGCAUAUAGGGUUAUAGAACAUCUGGGGUUUUACUAAUUGCUUGACAACUGCAAGACCACAAAAUCAUUUAAGACUAAAUAACCCUGUACGGCAGUAAAGUAUAAAUAUUUAUACUAGUGUAUGAGGAAGGAGGGUUGCUUCUUUGUUCCUUCAGCGGUAGGUUUUGCAGCUUUUCAGCAAGCCUAAUACUCGGCUAAUUCCAUUCUGCCCUAGUGCUGGUUAGGAGAAUAGCGACAUAGUGGCAUUUGUGCAGAACCACAGGAGCCACAGAUAGUGUCAGGAAGGACAGUGGCCGUCAAGUCAGACUGCAUGUCCCUGUCUGAUCUUGUGGUGGCUGUACUGGCCAUUUGCCCCUUUCUUAAACUGACAAUAAAUGCAGAGUUUGUGAUAAAAAUUUCAUCUGCUGCACCAUGUAAGCUUUGUAGUAGGUUCAGAAUACAGUCUCAUUUGACUGUAAUGUCUGUCACUUUAAACCAUUAUUAGAUUUUGUGAUUUUUCCAUGACUUUUUAGUGGACCCAUUAUUGUGCUGCAAAUCGUACACAGGCUUUGCUUGGUGAGGAUGAAUUUGAUUUAAUUCUAAUGUACUUAAUUAAAAUGUCAGAUAUAAAACUGGCUAGUUAAGAAUGCUGGUUUGAAAAUGACACACUGAUUUGUGUAUGGUAAUCAGGUUGCUUUUUAUUUUGUAGUAGUGAGUGCUAGGUACAUUGCCAAAGUUUACUUUGUACUUCAGUUGUGUUGUGCUACACAGCAAAAAGAAUGUAAAAUUAAUUGCAGAAGGCUGCACACUUGACAUUUUUGUAUAAACAAACCUUUCUGAUGUUGGCAUGGCCUGCAUAUACCAUAUUUUUGAACAGUGCAAAUUUUAAAUGCUUAACUAUGAAUAUAAAAGUUUUAUAUUUUUUGUAGAAGUUUAACACUGCACAGCUCUUCUGUGGAUACUUAAUUGAGACCACUGCAGCUUACAAAAAAUUACUGUAAAGGGCAAAAUGAACAAGUAAAAAUGCAUUAUGUAUGGGUCAUAAUCAAAAAUCUAAUUUUGUUUGUAUUGUUCGUUUCUAUUUAUUUUUAGAUAAUUAUAGUUUUGUAGAAACCAGGUUUACAGUAAACAGGUAAAUUAUAGUUUUGUGUGUGAUAGCCUAAGUGUCUUGAAAUGUAAAUAGUUGUCAACAUAUGUACAUAAUUUUGUAUGAAGCUUCAGAUGUUUAUACUUGGAACAAAGGGGCAAAUGUGGUUUUUUUGCUUCUGUAUUUUUUCUUUUGUAUUGUAGCAUUUCUCUAUGCAAUAAAGCAACGCUGUUUAAAAAGUUCUGUAUAUAGAAAACUUAAUAAACCGAAGUGCCUGUG